AAACAGCAAAGCGGUGACAAGAAACAGAAAGGAGCAACAUAUUCGUAGCGGCGUUGAAGCGGCAACGUAUCGACUCGAUUUUGCAUCCUGCGACGGUAGGAGCGGCACGCACAUAUCUUCAUCCUCGUGCCGCUUACUAUAUGCAAAUAUCAUUAUGCAUUCGAAAUCAGAGCGACAUCCGGUUUCGCGUUGUCAUCAGGAUCAUUGGUGUCGACGAUAGGCAAUAGAACGCCCAGGGCUAUUAUGAACGACAUUGUCUCAAAGAACAUUACUAUGGUUCUCGAAAAUUUGUUGAUGAACUACGAAAACAGCCAGCUGCCCACGCACGGUAAAGGCGUGCCUACAGUGGUAAAAACCAAUAUUCUAAUUAGAAGUAUGGGUCCAGUGUCUGAGCUCGAUAUGGAUUAUUCGAUGGACUGCUAUUUUCGACAAUCAUGGCGCGAUUCGCGUUUAAGUUUCUUGGGCCCAAUCAAGUCCCUCAGCCUCAGCAUCAAAAUGGUUGAAAGAAUUUGGCGUCCCGAUACCUAUUUCUACAAUGGCAAACACAGUUAUGUACAUACGAUCACCGUGCCGAACAAAUUGCUAAGGAUCUCGCAGGAUGGCGAUAUAUUGUACUCUAUGAGGCUCACUAUCAAGGCCAAGUGUCCUAUGGAACUGAGAAAUUUUCCUAUGGAUCGGCAAUUUUGCCCGUUGAUAAUGGGAAGCUAUGGAUAUACAUCGAGACAAUUGAUUUACGAGUGGCAGGAAGGUUCAUCAGUGAAUUUCAUUCCUGGAAUGACGCUUUCGCAAUUCGAUUUAAUGGGUUCGCCGUAUAGAAAUCUCACGUUUGUGCGUCGCGAAGGCGAGUUUUCGGUAUUGCAAGUAUCUUUCAAUUUGCAACGGCAUACCGGAUAUUUUCUCAUACAGGUUUAUGUGCCGUGCGUUUUAAUAGUUGUACUGAGUUGGGUAUCCUUCUGGAUUCAUCGCGAGGCAACAAGCGAUCGAGUGGGUUUAGGUAUUACUACCGUCUUAACAUUAUCAACGAUAAGCCUCGAUUCCAGAACGGAUUUACCGAAAGUUAGAUACGCCACUGCUUUGGAUUGGUUUCUCUUGAUGAGUUUCGGUUACUGCAUCGCCACCCUCUUAGAGUUUGCUGGUGUUCACUACUUUACGAAGGUCGGUAGCGGUGAGAUUAUGUUGGACGAUGAAGAAAUUGAAGAAUGGCAGGAUGUCGCGAGUGAAGAAUUUGAGGAUACAUUUCGCAUGAUGUCUUGUAGUCCAGUUCAUCCGGAAACCGUUGACACAAGCACCAGAAGACGUGGUUCUCUCAUAUCCGCGCUAUACUGUGAUGGGAUCACAUACGAAAGAGAUUCCUGUCGUUCUAUAAUGGUCGCCGUUUCAUCGAAGCCGUCGACGAUGGAAAGACAAACACAAACGGAGCUUAUUUUACCGAUAUGGCGCCAGUUUCUCUAUUGCUUGGCAGGAGAUGAUGCUUUCAGACGUCGUCGGCAACGAGAAGCAACCAGUAGCUAUCGAAAAUGCGGCGAUCGUAUAUUGAGACCCAUCAAUAGCGUGUCUUACAUAGAUAGAGUAGCACGAAUAGUUUUUCCCGCAUCUUUUGGUUUACUUAAUAUUUGUUACUGGGUAGUGUACUUUACCUACCAACAGGAAUUUAAAUGGCAGGACCCACCGAUUGGAUCGAUAACGCCGAUCUCCCAUUAAAAAAAAAAUCCCAGUUUUGAGAAUAAAUCAGAUUGUAUAUUAUAAAUCGAAGAAAUAAAAAGUCGUACAUAUCCGUA